GUUUACAUUUUAUUGAACAUGUUUGUAGAAAAUUAAAUACAAAAUAUAUACAAGAUAAUUUUCAUUAGAAGAGUAUUAGCAACUGGGGUCUGUAUUGGGGAGAUGAACAUGGGCUUCACGUAGGACUUGAACUUUGAAGGAAGCUAAAAAAACAAUUGCAGGAGGUGAGGUGAGGGGCCAGGACUUGCCUGGCUAAGAAGGAAUCCCUUUAAAGUCUUCGCUUUAGCACCCUUUCUACCUCUGUUACUUUGGGUAUGUCUCUUAACCCACCGGAAUCUGUUUCUUUAUCCGAAAAAUGAAGGUAUUGAAUUAGAUCCUCUGAGGUUGUUUCCAACUUUAUAUUUAUUGGUCAUUAUAAAUUAAAUUCUAAGCUUCCUUAUACGAAUUAAACAAUAAUUCACGGAAACUACUUCAGCAAAAGGCCUUAGUGCUGCUAAUGUGUUUUGCAAUGAGAAUCAUCGUUUCAUUCUCUUUGUUGUAGUACUUACUUCCCCGGGGGAGGUCAGGUAAUGACUAAUGCAAAAAAGAAAAAAAUCAAAAUAGAAAUUAUUAGCAUGUACUAUCAUGCAUCAGAAUCCCGUCUACAUAAAGAUCAGGAAAUUGCUUAAAUAUCAGACUACCGUAUAUAUCACAAAUCAUGCCUGUUGCACACAGGUAGCUCUGGGGUCCUAACUAGGGUAGCAUCCAGUAAAGUUUACUGCCGUCUGCCUGAAUAUAGUGGGACUACGGCUACCAUUGGCUAAGGUUAUUCAUUUGGUUUAUGGUACAAAUCGAGAAGCCCGGUCCUGAGCCGCAGUGAGUUGAGGCAAUUGCGAGAUCGGCCCUCGAAACUCUGGGCAGCGGCUGCGACAUAAGGGGCAUCCGGAGCGGGCAGCGGACGCGCGCGGCUGCAGCGGGCGAAGAGGGCAGGCAGGACUAGCGGCCGACGGGGCUGAAGAGCCGGCAGGCUGGGAGAGCCGCGGGGAGCCCCCACCCCAGCUCGGAACCUACGGAGGGGAGGGAGCUAGAGACACGCACAGAGGGGGCUCUUCUUCAUGCCCAAGCAGGAAGUGAAUACAAGGAAGAAGGCAGCGAAGACAGCAGCAGGAGGAGGAGUUGGCGUGUUUUUAUCACACCGACCCGGGAAAGUCGGCGUUUCCAUCCUUGUCCUUCCCCGGUUUUCCUCCUAUUCUCCUUUCGCCUCUUUCCCCACGCUUCCCCAUUUCCCGGUGGGCUCCUCAGCUGCAAGCUGGUCCUGGCUCGCCCCUACCCCAUCUCCAUGGCUUCUGCCGAGGACCCUCUACUCACAGAUCAUGCCACGAGAGAACCAGUAGAAGAUACUGAUCCUAGCACUUUAUCAUUUAAAAUGUCAGAAAAAUAUCCUGUUCAAGAUACAGGUCUCCCUAAAGCUGAGGAAUAUAAUUCAAUUACACUGAAAGUUCCACCAAGUUCUGACAUAAUACAUCAGCAAGAAGAUGGCUAUCCCGACAGCACUGGGGAUCCACUUUCAGAUAUAAAGAACAACUCUUGCCAAGAAAAUUGCACAUGUUCCUUAUGCUCACUCCAAGCCCCCAACAUCAGUGACUUGCUCAACGAUGAGGACUUGUUAGAUGUGAUCAGAAUAAAGCUGGAUCCAUGUCACCCAACAGUUAAAAACUGGAGAAAUUUUGCAAGCAAAUGGGGAAUGCACUAUGAUGAAUUGUGUUUUCUGGAACAGAAACAACAGAGUCCUACCUUGGAGUUCCUGCUCCGGAACAGUCAUAAAACUGUGGAUCAACUGAUUGAGCUCUGUAGGCUCUAUCAUAGAGUUGAUGUGGAAAAAGUCUUGCGGAGGUGGGUGGAAGAGGAAUGGCCAAAGAGGGGACAUGGAGACUACCACAAUCACUUUUAAAAGCUUUCUUCCUUUAUUCCAUUGGUUCUUUGGACAUUAAAAACUACUGUAGAUUGGGAUGGAGGGGAGGACAGAACAUUGAUCUUUCUCUCUUUUUUAAAAGUAUUUACUUCAGAAAAGAUAACAUUUGUGUCCCCAAAGCAGUUUUUUGUUUGUUUUUUUUUAUUGUUGUACAAGUGUGUGUAUGUGUUUGCACAUCUGUAUUUUGAUUUAAUGUUUGAAUCUAGAACUUUAGGAGGAUAAAAUAAAGUGGCAGGCAGGCUUAUACAAUAGCCAAACCCUAUCAGUAAAAAUGCUUUUGUUCCUUCAUUAAAUCAGAUUAUCCAUUGACUUUAAUGAUAUAGACUGUAAGAACAAUUCCCAGGGCCAAAAAUUGUUGAUGAAUCCAAAGGAAUCAUAUGUAAUGUCUGCCAGAUCAAUAGAUUUGAUUUCCAUUGCUUGGAAGCCACACACUGUUAAAUGAUUAUAUCAUUUUAUUAUAAUAACAUUAUUAUUCAUCCAUUGUAAGGUGCUAGAAGGCCCACUUAUUGGGAUAUUAGUAUUAUCUUGAGGUUGCCUUCAGUUAAUAUACGUAUCUAAUAUCAUUGAAUACCAUUGUACUCUUUCAGGGAUCUGAAGAUAGAUGUUAUUUGCUCACUUUUUCAAAGAAAGACAUUUUUAAAAAAUAUAUGUAAAUAUUGUAGAAAUUAGAAUAAAGUUUUAGAGCAAGAACUUAGGUCUAGGUAAUUGUGUUCUACAAGGAGAAUUUUCCAUAGAUAGCCUUCAAAAUCUUUCAUACUAGCUGUGAAUUAUUUUAAAGUAAUAUAACAUUCACUUCUGCAUCUUCCAUGUGAGACUAAUAUUGAGUGUCUUGCUAGUGAAGGGUUUUAAGGAUCCAUUAAAAGGUCUACAUGGAUCGACUGAUCUUUCCUUAAAACAUAGCUAUCUCUAACAUCUCUUUUAUCAGCUAAGACAGGUCCCAGCAGUUCUACAAAAAGCACUUAGUUAAGAAGUAAAACCUCCACAAGUGAGAAUCCAGGAAUCCAACCAAGAAAAUUAACAGCUUAGCUCAGAGAUUUUUUAGUAUUCUGUCUUAAUGGUUUAUUAAAAAAAUAUAGACGCUCCAUUGGGUCUAUAUGGAAGCCAUAGCAAGAUUGUUCAGUUUCCCAGAGUAUCAUCUUUUCUUUAUUCUUUAGUGGGAAUAGAUAGCAUUAUCUCUCACAGAAUCAUAGAACAUUAGAGCCAGAAAGAGCCAAGAAAGUCAUCUAGUGAUGGAGUCCUAGUCAGGACUAGAAGGAAAACCUGAGAAGUUGCCUAGUCCAACCUCCUCUUUUUAGAUAGAGCUUCAGGUUUAGUUAACUGGUGGUGUUGCCCAUGGGGAACACAAGCACAAUAAAUAGGGAGUCAAACCCAUUUCCUCUAAUUCCAUUGUGCUAUUUAACUUCCUACUCUUUCGUUUUACAAAUGAGGAAAUUGACUCCAAAAGCUUGGAUCAUUUGUCCAGAAUCACAAAGUGUAUUAAUAGUAAAGGCAGAAAUAAAACCCUAAAUGCUUUCUCAAUCCAUUGCUUUUCCCCCCAAUAUACCAAAUUAUCAUCUGAUCAGAACUGAUUAAUUAGGCAGUAAUAAUGUGGUUGUUUGGCAGGGGGGGGGGGGUCGGUGUUGAAGGGAGGUACAAAAACUAGUUCACUCUUUAAAAUGUAGAUAUUUAGAUUAAUUCUGGGUUUAAUUCUUUUAGAGCAUUUCAACCUGAUAUCUGGCAUUCAACACAGUCCAAAUUCCUGGUUUAUUUAAGUAAAAAUAAAUGUCGCAUGUGAGAAUUAGGUACUCAAAGCCCUGAGGCUAACAGUUUUUUUUUCUUUUCUUAGAGUGCAAUGUCCUUCAACAUCAGUAAACUGUAAAAGGUAACUUAGAAUAAAACUGUUUGCUAAGCCACC